UUUUCCUUUCCCUCUCUUCUCCUCUCGCUGUGGUCGACAACAGAGCAGAACGCGUUCGUUCAUCUGUCCAUCAGAUCCAUAUAUGUGGAGAUCUGGUCCGUGGCCAGGGUGUGUGGCUGCGGCUGCGGCGGUUGGCCUCCUUCUGUGGCACCUCGCCCAUGCGCAGAAGCAGGCGCCCAUCGAGUGGGACGACGUCGAGGUGGACAGCUCACCGUCAGUAGCCAUUGAGGAGGGAAAACGUAAGCAGCUGGCAUGGAUGGACGGCUUCCACUUGUCUGGCUGGGAUGGAUGGUGGCGAGUCUGUGUGUGUGGUGCGUCCGUCCAUUGUCAAUCAGCGUUGAAGGGGUGCAGCUGCGACUUGAGUCCGUCGCUGUGCGAUGCCAACUGCUGCUGCGACCCUGACUGCACAAGGGCCAUCAGGGUACACACACAUAACAUACAGCUGGGGCAGACGUCAUGGAGCCAAACAAACAGUCGGUGGUUUGUGUGCAGGAUUCGUUCAGUGGCUGUGUGCGCGAGACGCUGCCAAAGGAGGAGCGGCAGUACUGCUAUGCGAGAGAGCUCAUCCACAAGGCCAACCGGCGGAGGAACUUCGAUGUCGUCACGGUCUGCCAGGGGGGAUGAUGAUCUGAUCAGGAGGGCCCGUGUUGCGUUGCGUAUGUGUGCCAUUAAUGCAUUGCGUCUGUGUGCAGGACUCGAUGUAUGAUGUGCUGUGCAUCGAGAUUGACAAUGAUCCAUCCACGGGCGUCUUCUACACAAACGAAGAAAGGGUAGGUAGGGUAGGUGGCUGCGAAGCGAAUGCGUGUGUGUAUGUGUAUGGGGUGGUCUCUGUUUGUUUCCUCCUCCAGCGCAGCACGACUGACCUCUACAGCAUCUACAGCGACCAAAGUACGUCCAUACGCGCCCGCGGCAAGGAAUGCAAUGCCCCCCCUCUCACUCACCACUCGUCUGUCUGCCUGUGUGUUUUUUGUAUGUCAGAUGUGAAGCGACUGUCCGAUUCGGGUGCCGACCUGCCCUAUUGGAGCUUCAAGGAUCCAGACGCACCUUACAAAGUUAGCAAACGCGUGACGCAAUACAGGUCGACACCCGCACCCACAAAUGCACGUAGGUUGGGGAGCCUGUUGUGGUGGGCGUCAAUGUUGGCGGCACCAACACAUUCAAAGCCAGCUUCACACUGCCACAGGGGUAUGCAUGCCAUCCGUAUGCAAACCACCAUCUCCCGCUCGCCCUCCUCCUCCCAUCCCCUCUCUCUGCCUGUCUGUCUGUCGGUGUGUGUACCAGUUCCCUGUCAGGUGAAUGCUCCGACGGUGGGGGUGUGCCAGUGGGUUUCCUGGCCUCACAUGGCGGCCCCACUGACGGCGGCCGUCUCGAGACCGGGGGCCUGCUCUACAGCCGAGACGCACUCCCGCCCUCUGACUUCGCAUCGCCCUCCUCGCCAUCCUCGCCAUUCCAGCGACACACAUGCUGGAGAUCAUUCGUAAGCCAACCACGGCCGGGCCGGCUGUUCUGGUGGGGGCUCCUGCCUCCCUCCCUGAAAGUAUGUGAUGUGUUUCGACAGAGCCACAUGGGUGAGGACGUGUGCAAGUCUGCGCUGGGCCCGUGGCUGAAUGUCCGUCUGGCGCCGCUGCCUGCGUCUCCCCUCUAUAAUGCGACCGCAUGGCCACAACUCACCGUGCGAAGCAUCAAGGUGCGAUGCAGACACACACGCGCCCGCCGUCAUAUAAUGCAUCAUUGUCACUCAUUGACGCAUUCAGGAGCGUGACUUGAGCACGGGCGCUGAGCGUGUGUGGGAGCAGACAGAGGUGGACCAGUACGUCAGCGGCGGUGGACCAACCUGGGAGACAUCAGGGUCGAAUGGUACAUAGACAUACAUAGCCGUGUCGGUACUCAAGAGAGAGGCCGUGUGCUCAUCUGUCUGUUCCCCUCUGUCUGUGUGUGCGUCUGUCUGUAUGUGUGCAGACACCGACGCCCUCUGCUCAUGCACUGGUGUCGUGCUGGAGGUGAUGAGAAAGGAGACAGACGUGAAGAGCAAACAGAUAGACGAAUUCCCCUCACUUAUUCUGGUGGCUGCUGGCCUGGCCUGGCCUUGUGUGUUUUCUUGAUCCAAUCUGUCUGCCUGUCAGCAAGUGAUAGUGAUAUACUACAACACUGCUCGAGGGCAGGCGAUAGGGUGGGAGGCCAACCUUACGGUCGCCACCAUCUCCGAUGCCAACUGCCAGCCUAACGCACUCGGCGUCGUCUCGGCGGCCGUCCCACAAACAUUCGCGGUUGCAUUCUUCCCUACUGAAGACACGGUCAGCACAAAGACAGACAACAACGAGAAGACAUAAAAUGUAUCAUGUCUGUCUCCCUCAUGUCAUGUGUUGUGUUGUGUGAUUGCUGACCAGACCGCCCCCGCGACUCCUCCAUCUUUCCCCAUCCAGCGAUCCGGCAACCCAGGAUACAGGCAUGCACUGCACGCACAUGCAUCAACAUAACAGCCAUUUAUCUCCUCCAUGCGAUGCGUGUGUGUCUAUAUGCGUCCUCUCGUAGGUUGGGAUAUCCGUUGCGUGCGGGCACCUUCACGACCGGCCCGUCGCUGAACAAGCAGGCGGUGAGCCUCCAGGUGGACGAGUACGGCACCGCGGGGGCGUUCCUGCUGGGCAUCGGACCCAAUGGCGAGUGCCUCGACACCAGCACCCCGCAGCAGGAGCUCUGGAGCAACAGACGGGUUCGUCAAGGGCCGGGGGCUCGCACAUUCCGACGGACGGACAUAUGGCUGGCUUGUGUUGUGUAGGUGAUAGCCUUUGGCGAGAACGCGGCAUACAGCUGCCGACUGAGCCUCAACGAACAGGUAAGGUAACUAACGGACAGAAACAGAAAGAGAGAGCCGUCACCCGCCCGCCAAUGGCAUGGGGCUGCGCCCCAUGUACUUACACGCAGGAGCUAUCGAGCUUGUGUUCGGGGGACAGCAGCCUUGCUGGAAGGUAUCGACUGCUGAAGCCUUCAUUCGACGCCGUGGUGGGUGAGCGAGGGAGGGAGUGGUCGAGUCGGCAGAUACACACUUGCAGUGCACCCGCCUGCCUUCCUAGGGUUACUUUGGCAACGCUGAUUGGGAGAACAAAGCCGACUGGCUUGCCGUGUCCAUCGAGGAGGCCACAUCCACCAUGGCGUACAAUGACGACACAGGCAAGGAAGGCAAAGCAAGGGGAACAGGACAAAGGAAGCAGCAGCUGGGUGGGGUGGACAUCCCUGUGUCUCCAUCCAUCCCAGGUGUGUGUGACGGCUCCGUGACGAUUCUUGAGCUGGACUUCCUCUAUGCGGCAUUUGGUGAGUUCGCUGCCCCCCAAUUCCGCAUUGUCGCCGCCAAAGCCACACAGAGAACAGGGUACAAACAAAGCCGGCCGCGGGAACCAACGCGGGCGCCAGUGUUUUGUGUGUGCGUGUCUCUUUGUGGGUGCAGGAGGCUCCGUUAUGAGUCUGCGUACGACCCCUCCCUCAAGCAGUCGUUUGUCCUCUCUGUCAUCGUCACAUUUGCAAGGGUGCGUGCACCGGCGGCCAUAUCAUGUGCUGGCUGAUCAUUUGGUCACAUGUCUGACAGGUGCCUGACAAGGAGCUCAAAAGGUCCGUCCCGCCCCGCCCGCCCCUGCUGCCAAGCCUCCCAGACGUGAGACAACGCACAUAGACACAUACAUACAUACGAGCAGCACAUCCGCCCACCCCCUCUGCUGCUGUCUUGGGUCGUGCGUGUGCGCCAGGAUGUGUUCUACCCCUUCGGCGUCAGUGGUGCGCUAGGCAUGGAUGGAUAUGGGAUGAGAACAAUGAGACUGUGGAUCUGUGCGUGCAUUGUCUUCGUCGCUGCGUGGACAAUGGACUUUUGAACGUAACAUGCGCACACUCGUCGAG